GCAACAAAACGCAACAACAACACGCUGUUCGAAAGCUACGCUCUUUGUGACCACUAUUUCUCCUUCUUCUCCUCCUCCUUCUCCUUCUACUUCAUUAUACUAUUACUUCUACUACGAAUACUACUGCUACUACUGCCUCAGUACUCGAGUACAAAUAGUGAGAAAGAUAGAUGGUGAGACAAAUGGAAAGCGAGUGAGAAGUAAAGCAAGGUUCACCGCACCCCAUCACGCUCUGUCUUCCCAAAGACGCAUUCUCGUCAUCCUCUCAAAAUCCCCCAUUUAAAUCUCCUCAUUCCUCAAAUUUUUAUCGAUCUAUGCCGAGUUCUAGGAUCUAUUGCUUCUCCUUUUCGUUUUGGUUUUGAUUUCGCUCUGAUUUCCUUGGCAUUGUCUUGAUUCGGGAAUUUAGAUCUCGAUCUGUUAGAUCCAAUGCUGAAUUCGUCUUGGGGUUGUGGAUUGUUGUGAGUUUGACUUGAUUUUGUUGGAAAGUUUUGAUUUUUUUCCUUUUUUUUUUAUUUUUAUAAAUGCGUUUUGAAUAUGAACUCGGAUACUCCGUUGGACUAUGCGUUAUUCCAGCUCUCGCCUAGGCGGUCACGGUGCGAGCUCUUCGUCUCGGGUGAUGGUACAACAGAGAAGCUCGCGUCUGGGUUUUUUAAGCCGUUUGCUUCCCAUUUGAAGGUCGCAGAGGAGCAAGCUUCGCAGGCAGUGCAAUUCAUCAAGCUUGAAGUUGAGAGACAGAGAAAUGCUGGUACUUGGUUUAAUAAAGGAACCCUUGAAAGGUUUGUUCGGUUUGUUAGUACGCCGGAGGUGCUAGAGUUGGUGAAUACAUUCGAUGCCGAGCUGUCACAGUUGGAAGGAGCUAGGAAGAUUUACUCGCAGGGGGGAGGAGAUCAAGUUUCAGGUGGAAAAGAAAGUUCUACCCCAGCUGUUGCAGACAUUACAAAGAAGGAGCUUCUCCGGGCGAUUGAUGUGCGGCUAGCUGCUGUUAAACAGGACCUAACUGUGGCAUGUGCUCGGGCGUCAGCUGCUGGUUUCACCCAUGACAGUAUCUCUGAGCUGUAUUGUUUUGCAGAGCGUUUUGGUGCACAUCGCUUAAAUGAGGCAUGCAAUAAGUUUAUUUCCUUGUGCCAACGGAGGCCUGAGUUAAUAGACCACCAUAAUCAGUCGCCAGUAUGGAAAGGCUUUGAAGAUGGGAAUGUCCGUGUCUCCUCUAGCUCAGACAUGUCAAUAGAUGAGCCUGAGAUUGAACCUAGUGGCCCAAGCAAGGAAUCAAAUCAGCCUGGCAUUCAGAGCAAACCAACAGAGUCAACACGCCAAGCUGCAUCAGCUGAUCUGCCUUCUAUUAUUCAGCAGCACAAGAUCGUCGCACGUGGUCUUAAGGAAAAAGAGAUGGAUAAACCAGAAGAAGGCCUGGCAUCAGCUGUUGUAUCUGCUGAGCGUAGUCAGCCAGCUGGUGGUGGUGGGUCUAGACGGCUAAGUGUGCAGGACCGAAUCAAUCUCUUUGAAAGUAAACAGAAAGAACUAUCAGCAACUGGUAGUGUUACAAACAGUGGUUCCGGUGGUGGUGGUAUAAAUAAGGUGGCAUCUGGGAAGGUGGAGCUCAGGAGGCUUCCUUCUGAUGCAUCUAUGGAGAAGUCAGUGCUGAGGAGAUGGAGCGGUGCAAGUGACAUGAGCAUUGACCUUGGUAACAACAAUAGCAACAGUGAGAGGAGGGAGAGUGGCCAUGUGGCUGUGACACCCUCUUCAUCUGUCCCUAAGUCUCAAUCUGAUACUUUUGAAGCAAAAGAGGGCGGCUGGAUGAAGGACAGUGCAGCUUCACAGUCUAGCUCUGGUUGGGAAGAUCACCCGCCAGACACUUCAUCGUCAUUGCCGUCAUCCCAAAGCCAGUUUGAUGUUCAUCCUAAAGAUAGAGAUCAGAAUGUUGUAUCAAGGGAAAAUACCACUUUUGAUGCACUGCCGAUACGGCAAAUGGAAAAGGAACAGGGGGAUACCAAAACCCAUUGUUCUGCUGGAGGAACAAGUGAUCCAUUUGCUUCUCACAACCAACCAAAGGGUUUUGAGAAACCAUGUGAAAGUGUGGGCUUGAAAUACCCGUUAACUUCUUCAACCAUCUCACUAGAUGCUGGUGGAGGAAGAGAACAUGCUGCUUUGAAGAAUCCUUCGAGGGCUGGUCAGUUUGUGCAGAAAGACCAAGAAAUUUUUAAAUCCCAAUCAAAAUCUUUUCAAACUAGAUUCGGAGAUGUUGGAGAGAGGGACAAACUGUCCUCAACAACUCAACUGAAAUUAUUUCCACGUUCAAAGGAUGUUGAAGAGAAACUAAAAAGUCAAUCAGAUUCUCAAAGGCAAACCAAGGAUAGUUCUAUUAGCAGAGAAGUUGAUCAGGUGAACUCUCAAUCUCAGUGGAAUAACAUCCAUCCAAAAUCAGAGGAAGUAGUGAAGAAAGCGAUAUCUGUAGAAGGGACACAAGUUGGAUCACUCCGAGUUGAAGACGAAGAAUCUCGACUUCAAGGAGUUAAGUUGCUUAGGCAAACAUCUAUUCCUGAACAGGCCAAGAGUUCUUAUGGAAGCAGAGUUGGUAGAAAACCUACUCAGGGAAAUAGCUCUUCAGCUUUAUCUGUGGCAAGGGGUAAUGCAAACAUGGAAAAUAUCAUACCACCUUCAACUUCUGGUGAACAGCUCCUUGUGGAGAGGCCAUCAAAAGGAAAUCAAGAACUGAACAAUGAACUGCAAAUGAAGGCAGAUGAGUUGGAAAAACUUUUUGCUGCUCACAAGCUUAGGGCGCAUGGUGAUCAGUCGGGUUCCUCUCGGAGGAGCAAACAGGCUGAUAUUCAGUCAGACCUUGUGACUAAGGGUGUCGAAAAACCACAAACAGAGCCCUUUUCUGACGACUUAGUUGAGACAGGGAAUGCAAACAACGGAGUUGAUUUUGAUCCCACCAUGCUGUUGAAGAUGGUGGAUAAUCAGGACUAUGUCAAUAAUAUGAAGCAGAAGCUGGGUAGUGCCAGUCCAUCAAGCGAAUGUAGGGGAAAGUUCUAUGAUAAAUAUAUGCAAAAACGAGACACAAAGCUGAGGGAAGAGUCAGGAUCAAAAAGGGCUCAGAAAGAAGCAAAGAUGAAGGCAAUGAAUGACAGCCUAGAGCUUAGUCAUGCUGAGAUGAGAGCUAAAUCUGUGGGCCUAGCCAGCAGACAAGAUCAGACUCGUGCUCGUCGCCGUGCAGAUAGGCGGAGGUCUUUUAGCGCUCAUGCCACUAUGAAGAUCAAAGACCAGACUGCUGAGUUUCUCCCUGGGGAGGAUGAAGACCUGGCAGAAUUUUCUGAACAAGAUAAAUCCUAUGACGAUGGUUCUUCUAUGAGCCUCCAUUUAAAGAAGCUUGCAUCAAGUAGAACUGUAUCUUCCUCAACCCCUCGUACUUCAGCGGCACAGAUUUCAAGGACAUCUGCCAGAGCUACAAAUUCUAGUUUAACAAGACGCAGGACCCAAUCUGAAAAUCCUCUUGCACAGUCUGUCCCUAAUUUCUCUGAUCUCAGGAAGGAGAAUACAAAGCCUUCAGGUGCGGUUUUGAAGGCAAACAGUCGUGCACAGUCAAGAAUUACCAGAAGCAAAAGCUCUAAUGAAGAGGCAAACCAUAUCAAAGAAGAGAAGUCUCAUAGGUCACAGUCCUUGCGAAAAAGUACCGCUAUUGUAGGCGAAAUAAAAAGCACUUCACCUCUCAAUUCUGAUAGUGCCAACAUGACACCAAUUGGGUUUUCCAAGGAGCAAAUUGAGCAGGUUAAUAGAUACCCGAUGAGUGGUGAUUCAAAAACAUAUCUUCGGAAGGGCAACGGUAUAGGUCCUGGAGCAGGAGCUGGUAUAGCUAAACUGAAAGCCUCUAUGACCUCAGAAAUGUUGGAGAAGGUAGAAGAUUCUGAUAUGUUGGCCGAUAUGGUAAGAGAUGAGGAAGAAUACGAAAAUCCAUCAAUUGAAGGAAAUUGUGGGCCCUUAGAUUAUCCUGGUGAUUCAGAUAGUGAGAAACCGAGACUGAGUCAAGAUUCAGGAAAUUCUCAUGAUCUUGGAUCAGAUAAUGCCGAUAUUUUAAGAUCACCUUCUCAAGCUGAUAAUGAACCUGCUGUUCUUUCUUCCAAGUUUGAUACAACCGCCAGAAAUGUGCAAGAAUCACCUGGUGAAAGCCCAGGUUCUUGGAAUUCCAGAGUUCAUCAUUCUUUUUCUUACACACAGGAAGCAUCCGAUGUUGAUGCUUCUAUGGAUUCACCUACUGGCAGUUCAGCAUCAUGGAACUCUCACCCGCUAAACCAAAUGAUGGAGGCUGAUGUGGCUCGAAUGAGGAAGAAAUGGGGAAGUGCUCAGAUUCCUAUUCUUGUUGCUAGUGCUUCUCAUCAAUCACGCAAGGAUGUGACGAAAGGUUUCAAACGUUUACUGAAAUUUGGGAGGAAAAGCAGGGGCACGGAGAGUCUGCUACCUGAUUGGGUGUCUGCUUCAACUGCUUCGGAAGGUGAUGAUGACACAGAAGAUGGUCGUGAUCUUGGAACUCGGACACCAGAUGAAUUUAGGAAGUCAAGAAUGGGCUACUCAGUUUCUUCUUAUGAAGGCUUUACUGAGGGCGAAGCAUUCAAUGAACAAGUUCAAUCUUUGCGCAGCUCCAUUCCGACACCUCCUGCGAACUUUAAACUGAGGGAUGAUCAUAUAUCUGGAAGCUCCCUUAAAGCACCGCGCUCUUUCUUCUCUCUUUCAUCAUUUCGAAGCAAGGGUAGCGAGUCCAAGUUCAGGUAACUAAACGGCCAUAUGCUCGUCUCUGUUACACUAUGAAGACAUACACAUACUGCAGUGGAUUUUUCCAUAGAUGCAAUAUUUUGUGUGAUUAUGUAUCAUCGGCUCCCUCAUUGCCAGUGUUCUAUGGUAAACACUAACUCACCAAUUGUUACAGAACCAUUCUAUUAUUAGUUUUCAGUGAGUUUGUGCCUAUCAUGUAUUUGAUUUGUACAAAUCUACAAUACUUCAAUUUUUUCCCCUGCCAUUCGAUGUUCCCGCUAUGUAUGAAACUCCAGUACGAUGAUGAAAACAGGACAACUCAGAGUAUAGAAUCAGUAAAACCAGUCUCAUGCUUGCAAAUGGAAAGAAUGA